CUCUUCCUCAUUUCAGGUUUCCACAUUUACCUUGCGAUUAAUCUCCAGAAUCCCUUAGUUAAGCGGAUCCUGUAUUUGAUUCGCGAUGAGGGUGUGAAUUUGGAAUUGUUCAAGUUCUGCGACGGGGGAGAGAAAUGGGGGUCGUCUCCAGGACGGUGUUCCCUGUGUGCGAGAGCCUGUGUUGCUUUUGCCCUGCUUUACGCGCCAGAUCUCGACAUCCCGUUAAACGCUACAAGAAACUGCUCUCCGACAUCUUCCCAAGAUCCCCGGAUGAGCAGCCAAAUGAUCGGAAAAUCAGUAAACUGUGUGAAUACGCUGCGAAAAAUUCUCUUCGUAUACCUAAGAUUACAAGGUCUCUUGAGCAAAGGUGCUACAGAGAUUUGAGAAUGGAACAAUUCCACUCUGUGAAGAUUGUCAUGUGUAUCUACAAGAAGCUGCUGGUUUCUUGUAAGGAGCAAAUGUCGUUGUUUGCUAGUAGCUACCUUGGCCUCAUUCACAUUCUGCUAGACCAGACUAGGCACGAUGAAAUACGCAUCUUAGGUUGCGAAGCUUUAUACGAUUUUGUUAACAAUCAGACAGAUGGUACCCACAUGUUUAACUUAGAUGGGUUGAUCCCAAAUAUUUGUCCAUUAGCUCAUGAAAUGGGAGAAGAAGAAAGGCCAAGAAAUUUGCGCUCUGCUGGACUUCAAGCUCUUUCAUCAAUGGUUUGGUUCAUGGGAGAAUUUUCACAUAUAUCAGUUGAAUUCGACAAUGUCGUUUCAGUUGUAUUGGAAAAUUAUGGAGGCCUUAAUCAAGUUUCACUCGCUGUAGCCAAUCAAGACAGCGGGACUGCUUCUAUUGAUAAAGAAUUUUCUUCUACAGAAGCUGAAACAAGGAUAGCUACUUGGAGAAGCAUUGUGGAUGACCGAGGCAAGGCAGUUGUAUCAGUGGAAGAUGCUAAGGAUCCCAAGUUUUGGUCGAGAGUCUGUCUGCACAAUAUGGCAAAGUUGGCAAAAGAAGCAACAACUGUGCGGCGUGUCCUGGAAUCACUCUUCCGGUAUUUCGAUAACAAUGAAGUUUGGUCCACUGUGGAUGGUCUUGCUCUACUUGUUUUGCAGGACAUGCAGUUGCUGAUAGAACGAUCCGGGCAAAAUACACACUUUUUGUUGUCCAUGUUGAUCAAGCAUCUUGACCACAAGAAUGUUUUGAAGAAUCCUCGAAUGCAACUGGACAUAGUUUGUGUUGCUACUGCACUUGCUCGACAAACUAAAGUUCAGCCAUCCAUGGCAAUAGUAGGUGCACUGAGUGAUAUGAUCAGACAUCUGCGGAAGAGCAUCCACUGCUCACUUGAUGAUUCUAAUUUAGGGGAUGAGAUGAUCCAAUAUAAUCUAAAGUUCGAAGCUGCAGUUGAAGAGUGCCUCGUGCAGUUGUCACAGAAGGUAGGAGAUGCAGGUCCCAUCCUUGACAUAAUGGCUGUCAUGUUGGAAAGCAUGUCAAAUAUUACAGUAAUGGCGAGAACACUGAUUGCUGCAGUUUUUCGCGCAGCGCAAAUUAUAGCAGCUAUACCGAAUAUAUCCUAUCAAAACAAGGCUUUUCCAGAUGCACUUUUCCAUCAGUUGCUUCAAGCUAUGGUCUGUACUGACCACGAAUCAAGGAUGGGCGCCCACCGUAUAUUUUCAAUUGUUCUCGUCCCAUCCUCUGUUUGCCCAAAUUCAGUUCCUAAGUCCAGAAGGCCUGCUGAUAUACAGAGGACAUUGUCAAGAACGGUGUCCGUGUUUUCUUCUUCUGCUGCACUAUUUAGAAAACUGAAGGUGGAAUCAGAUAAAUCCACAGAGGAUACUGCAAAGGUUAACAGAGUUUCGACACUUAAUAGAUCAAAGUCAAAAUUCACCAGAGGUUAUAGCAUAAAGGAACAUCAAGCAUCAGAAUAUUUUGAUGAUGACGAUGAGCCAAAGAACAAUAGUAAUUCAGUGUUGAGCAAGCUGAAGUCGAGUUAUAGCCGAACUCGUAGCUUGAAAAAAAACCCGUCAUCAGUAGUAGCAGAUCAAAAUGCUACUGGAAAUUCAUCUGAGAAACCAGUGAUACCUCUUAGAUUGAGCAGCCACCAGAUUACGCUCUUGCUUUCAUCAAUUUGGGUGCAGUCCAUGUCUCCUCAAAACAUGCCACAAAAUUAUGAAGCAAUUGCUAAUACAUACAGCCUAGUAUUGCUAUUUGGGCGAACCAAGAACUCCAGCAAUGAGGUUCUGGUCCGGAGCUUUCAGCUGGCGUUUUCUUUGCGAAAUAUUUCUCUUGGAGCUCUAGGAUCAUUGCAGCCGUCACGCCGCAGAUCUCUUUUUACUCUGGCUACGUCCAUGAUUAUUUUCUCUGCAAAAGCCUUUGACGUCCCUCCUCUUGUUAAUAGCGCAAAAGCUGCACUAAAUGAAAAAACGGUAGACCCAUUUCUUCAGUUGGUGGAGGAUUGCAAAUUAGAUGCUCUUUUUUAUGGGCUGGAAAAUCAACCUGAAAAAAAAUAUGGAUCGAAAGAAGACGAUGAUGAUGCCUUGAAUUCACUUGCAGCUAUUGAAGAGACUAUCCAGCAUCAACCUAGAGAAUAUUAUGCAACCAUGAUACAAAAUGCGUGGUCUAUAAAAGAGCAGCUGGUUGCUGAUUUUAUACCAGAUGACGGAUGUCCGGUGGGAGCGCAAUUAACAGAGACACUGGUGCAAGAAGUAUACCAGAGUGAAGAGAAAAGGGACAAAUCUCAAGCAACAUAUGCUGAGCCUCCUUUGCUUGUGCCUGGAAGUGAUGCAUUGUCCAGUCCACACCCGGAACUGGACGCACAGCCGAGCGUUAACAAGCUGUCUCUCUUGAGCAUUGACGAACUUCUCAAUGCAGUGUCGCAGACGACAGCACAGUUGGGGAGAUACUCAGUGACAGAGCCACCAGAGAUGACGUACAGCGAAAUGGCGGGGCACUGUGAGGCACUUAUGAUGGGGAAGCAGGAGAAGAUGUCAUUCAUGGGAAGCAAUAACAACAUGAUGGUCCACUCAAAUCACAAUUGUGCCAGGAGGGAGGAGGAGGAGCUGCGUGUUUCCAUGACGGGGAAUCCGUUCGUACAAGAGAAGAGGGAGAGGGAGAGGGUAAUUGCGGGGGAGUACCAACAUCAUCAUCAUCACUUCAACCCUCCUCCCUCCACCCCCUUUGACAACUUCCUUAAAGCCGCCGGUUCCUCCUGAUUCUUCUCUCUCCUUUUUGCCAUUGUAAUCACACGCGCGCACACAGAGAGUCACAUCGCUCCUCCCUUAAUUAUCAACUCAUGCAAUUCCAAAUUUAUAUACCUGUAUGUAUUUUGUUAGAUCCGUGUUCGGACAUUUCUUGUAACGCUUGACUUGUCUCUCCCUUUAAUUAAGAAUUUCUCCUUUGAUC